AAAAAAAAAAAAACCAAAGAAACUGAAUUGUUUUUUAAAGAGUUUUUGGGUUUGUUCCUCAUUGUUUUGCUGGAGAUUUCUUCCAUGAAACUCUAACAGAUGAGAAGUUGAAUCUGUGUUUUCUGUAUUAGAUUCGAAUCCAAUUCCGUUUGUUUUUGGUUGAUUUUGCUUCUGAGAGAACCCAGAUCCGAAGUUUCUCCAGGAACAAUAAUGUCGGUAAGGCAUGGCCAAUCUUCGUAUCGAGAUCGGACGGGCGAAUUUUUCAGUAUUGUGGAGAGCUUGAGGAGAUCGAUUGCGAUUUCUCCAGCGACGAAUAAUGUGCCGUAUAGUGAGAGAAGAGAAGAUCUGAAUAAACGAUCUGAGUUCACCAAGAGAGCUAGAUCAAUUGGUUUAGCUAUUAGUCAAACGUCGCAGAAGCUCUCGAAGCUUGCCAAACUUGCAAAGAGGACAUCAGUUUUUGAUGAUCCGACUCAGGAGAUACAAGAGCUGACAGUAGUCAUCAAGCAAGAGAUCUCUGCUCUAAAUACUGCUCUGCUCGACCUGCAAGUGUUUCGUAGCUCUCAGAAUGAUGAAGGGAACAACUCUAGAGACAAAACUACUCACUCAGCAACAGUUGUUGACGAUCUUAAGUAUCGGCUGAUGGACACUACCAAAGAGUUUAAGGAUGUUCUUACCAUGAGAACCGAGAACAUGAAGGUCCAUGAAAAUCGAAGGCAACUCUUCUCUUCAAAUGCGUCAAAAGAAUCAACAAACCCAUUCGUUCGCCAGCGCCCUUUGGCUGCUAAGGCUGCUGCUAGUGAAUCUGCUCCUCUUCCAUGGGCGAAUGCGUCUUCUUCAUCGUCAUCUCAGUUAGUCCCAUGGAAGCAGGGAGAGGCCGAAUCUUCACCAUUGUUGCAGCAGAGUCAACAACAACAACAGCAGCAGCAGCAACAGAUGGUCCCAUUGCAAGACACAUAUAUGCAGAGCCGAGCUGAAGCUCUACACAACGUCGAAUCAACAAUCCAUGAGCUAAGCAAUAUCUUCGCUCAACUAGCAACCAUGGUUUCUCAGCAAGGGGAGAUUGCUAUCAGAAUCGAUCAAAACAUGGAAGAUACAUUAGCGAAUGUGGAAGGCGCACAGAGCCAGCUUGCCAGGUAUCUAAACAGCAUUUCGUCAAACCGAUGGCUGAUGAUGAAGAUUUUCUUCGUACUCAUUGCAUUUCUCAUGAUUUUCCUCUUCUUCGUGGCGUAAACAUUGAGACUAAAAAUUGACUUUAAAGAGUUUCAACAUCUAGACAUGGUUCUUUUUUUUCUGUCGUAUCUUAUUGACAUGUAAAGACCAAAAGAGAAAAAGGGAUCUUAUGCUCUGUUCAGAUUAAUAGAGAUAUAUAAUGUCUUUUCCAUGUAAAAUUGCUUUAAGUUUUCCAAACAAAUUUUUGUUUUUCUGCUUCUCUUUUCACU